GUAACUUCAUUCAUCUUCUGAAACUGCCAGAAAAAAGUAUACAUUUCUUUACGUAUUGAUGAACAUGAUUGCUGUGAAAUCAUCAAUCAAACGAGUGAUUAGUGAAUGAACUGCCGAAAAAUCCUCAUCGACUUUGUAUUAAGCAAAAAAUGGGCAACACUAUAGGAACCGACAUCGGUGGUUUUAUUGGCAACGUAUUCACAGCACCCUUCAAAGCCACACUUGGAAGAUCCUGUCUAAAUGUAUGCUCAGGGCCAUGGGAUCUUUCAUGUUUCAUAGAACACUUCUGUCUUCCUGAUAUUGCCAAGCUCGUCCUGAUCUCAGGCCUCUGUGUCAUUAUUUUGAUGUUCGUCACCCUCUUGUUCAAGCUUGGAAUCUGCCAAUGUGUUGUUAAAAGCAUAUGCAAAAUGUCUUGCGCUGCUUGUGCAAUGUACUGGUUCGCUAUUGGAGAGAUGAUUCGUUGCUUGUGGCACAGUUUGACGAACACUAAACGUGUCUACCGCAGAAAACGUCUCCGUGACAUCGAAGCCGCGAGUUACAGUUAUCCAAGCGAUGACGAACCAAGUUCAGAAGACAGCACUAGGCCGAAGCAGAGAAGAAGGAGAAGAACAAGACGAGGAAGCAAACACAAUCAUAACCGUGGCAGCAACCGUCGCCUUGUAAGGCUAAAGAGUAGACAAAUGUCUAUAAGAGUGGGAGGCAAAUCAAGGAGAGUAAGAAGUGGUAGAAAAAUGAAAUCUAGUAGAGUGAAAGUUAAGAAGAAGAUCCUCAAAGUCAAUGAUUUGGUUUAAAACCGAACCAAAUCGAGAAAUCAAUUAGUUUAUGUAAUAUCAAGAUACUAUAGUUAUCCACAUAUUCAAUAUCAUAUGUUUUUCUAACCUAAUAUACAAUCAAAGAUUUGAUUAAAAGGAAGAAAAAGUUUAAAACUCUUAUAUUGAAACGACAUCUGCCUAAAACCUAAACCAAAUUUCAUUAAAAAUAAAAGUUUGCAAUAUAAUUUUUAAAGGUUUUUGUUUCACUUAUGUUUUAGACUUAAUUCACAUGAUUUAUCUUUUAUUGUGUCCCACGUGAUGACUGAAUGAACAUCUCUGUAUGCAUAGUCUAAGAAUUAAAUCCUAAACCUAUGAGUCAAACCUUUUAACUCUUAACCAGCGUCUUAACCAGCGUCUGUACUUCAACUAUUUACCUUAUGUUUAUGGGUUAAACAUGACAUAACAAAAAUAAAACAAACAUGGUUAAACUAAACCACAGCCGAAUCGAAAAUAAACCAAACCAAACCAAACUAAUUAUAGUUUAAUUAGGUUAAGAAAUUUCUAGAACCGAAUUAACUAAAUCAAACCGUAUCCAGACUGAACCGAUAAAAUAACCGAAGUGUCGAGAGGGAUCAGCCGUGUCAUUAAUCCAUAGCUCGAAACCUCGAAUGAUCAAAUAUUAAUGGGCCUAGCCCAAAUUACAUGACAAAUUCAGCCCAUGUGGAGAAAUCAUCUGCAAAAAACAAGAACCACCCACUAACUAACUAAACGUUAUCAUACUUCCUCCUCACCGGCCCGGUCACGACGGAGCUCGCUCACUCACUUCUCAUCGUCAGUCUCCGGCGAAACGAGUUGAAGUUUCUCCGAGUUGCUUGCUCGGCCGUUACAGUUCAACACUUACUCUUAUCGAAUUUCAAUAGCAGAGGAGGAUGUUCAUGACACUAGCGGCGGCUAACGCCGUCUCGUUCAACUCAAAGCUUAUCUUGUUUCGAAUUCGCUGCUCGGAUUCUAAUCCAAAGCGCGGCUUUGGCUCUAAAAGGG